CUGUGUUUGCGAUUGGACCAGUCUUCGCGAUGUCCCUGCGAAUUUUGUUUGUACUCGCAGUAGCGACUCACUUAUCGGUGAUGAUACAGGCAGAUGGUGGCGGUGGUCACAAGAAAGUUAUAAUUCAUGUACCACUCUUCGUAAAACACCAUCAUCACAAACACACCAUUGUGAAGCACAUACACCACAAGAGCGGUGGCGGUGGAGGAGAUGAUCAUUAUGAAGUUCUCGGUUACACAUAUGGCGAACCCAAAGCCGCCCCUCAUUUCGGUGGAGGACAUGGUUGGAGUGCUGCAGAAGAAAGUCACGAUUCUCCAGUCAGUUUUAGUGGCGGAGACCAUGCUAGUUACUCACUAAGUGGUGAUGACUAUGGAGGACAUGGUUACUAAAAUUUUAAAACUUUGUGGACUGACUAAAUAAGUACAUCGAAAGGGUAUUAAUCAGAUUAGGUUACAAAAAAUGGUUAAAUUUGUUCUUCAAAUAAUAUUUCUAUGGAUUGUCUCGGAAAAUCACAGAUUUAUCUUUUUUUGUAUAAAAUUAUAAUAAGUACAAAAAUCUAAAGCGUUGACAAAGUUUUCAUCCAAAUAGUUCGAAUACCUAAUUAUAAAGUAAUAUUAAUGAGCAAAGUUACAACGCUAAUCCCUACAAUAUAUUAUUGUUAAUUUAAUACGACACUAAAAGUGAAUUAUAUACGGGCCAUUCGAGUUUUUAUAGCUUUUGUCCCAUUUAUAGUGAUAUUUUUAUUAUAUGCCAUAAACCUUUCUUAUCGAUGUUUUAAAUCAUCCAUCCCGUGACCAAUUUCAAAUUUAAGACAUGUGUUUUGUUCGGUAAUAUGAUAUACUUAAGAUCAUCUCAUUAUACUAAUAAUAUAUUAAUCCAAUAUAAUUUAACUGACAGACAAACUCUUUUUGUAACUAAUAACUCUAACACUGUCUAACUGUCACUCAAAAUAAGACAUCAAAAUAUUCGGGAGAUGUGUUAAAUAUAUGAUUAUACAUUCUCCUGCUCCUAAUACCUCAAGGCUUAAUAAUAUUGAAUAAUGUUCUAUGCAUUUAUACUAUUGUAAACAUCUUUGUUUUAUAUUUCUCUUACACUUUUAUAUAGUCUUUAAAAGCGU